UUCCCCACAUAGACCAAUCGCAGGCCGUGUUCGUUCUGAAGGCGGGGCUCCGCGGGCUCGGCAGCUGUCACCAUUCAUGUUCCCGGGGCGGGCUCCGCGGAGCGUUUCCUGCACUGGUGCAUGGUGGUCGAACAGGAGGAAUUGUUGGAAAUUUCUGGAGCUGAAUAAUGCUCCUGGCUCAGAUAAACCGCGGCGACGCUCAGGGGAUGGCCGAGUUUCAGGAUGCCGACGGUCAACCGGUCACUCUUUGUCUGACCGAGACAGUCACUGUGGCGGAUGGAGAUCCAAUGGAGGGUGUGGACACGGUGAGUCUUCAAGCUGUGACGUUGGCCGAUGGCUCCACGGCGUACAUCCAACAUGACUCCAAACCAUUCCCCGAGGCUCAGAUCAUGGACGGGAGGCUCAUCCACUUUGAGCACGACUCCAAAGCCUUCACUGAACCUCACCUCAUGGAUGGACAGGUCAUCCAGCUCGAGGUCGGGUCUGCAGCCUAUGUACAGCACUUGUCUGUGCCCAAAACAGGAGGAGAUAGUUUACAGUUAGAAGAUGGUCAGGCUGUUCAGUUGGAGGAUGGGACCACAGCUUACAUUCACACUCCCAAAGAAUCUUAUGAACAGUCGGGUCUACAGGAGGUGCAGUUGGAGGACGGGAGCACGGCUUAUAUCCAACACACUGUGCACAUGCCCCAGUCCAACACCAUCCUUGCCAUCCAGGCAGACGGCACUGUGGCUGACCUGCAGGCAGAGGGCACCAUAGACCCAGAGACCAUCAGCGUGCUGGAGCAGUACACCACCAAGGUGGAGAACAUAGAAAACCCUUUAGUUCCAUUUGGUCGUGUGGAGACGGACAACGGCGUGCAUAUGAGAAUCGUGCUGCAGGGCCAUGACAACAGACGCAUGACAAACGUGGGAGAGAAGGCCUUUAGAUGUGACUAUGAAGGAUGUGGAAAACUCUACACUACAGCACAUCAUCUCAAAGUCCAUGAGAGAUCACACACUGGAGACAAACCCUACAUCUGUGAAUAUCCAGGCUGCGGAAAAAAGUUUGCUACAGGUUAUGGCCUGAAGAGCCACUCCAGGACUCACACUGGAGAGAAGCCAUACAGGUGUCAGGAACUCAACUGCUGCAAAUCAUUCAAGACGUCUGGAGACCUACAGAAACACACCAGGACACACACAGGAGAGAAACCAUUCAAAUGUCCGGUGGAGGGCUGCGGUCGCUCAUUCACGACCUCAAACAUUAGAAAAGUUCACAUCAGGACUCACACGGGAGAGCGGCCAUACUACUGCUCUGAGCCCAGCUGUGGGAGGAGCUUCGCCAGCGCCACCAACUACAAGAACCACAUGAGGAUACACACAGGAGAGAAGCCAUAUGUGUGCACAGUCCCUGGAUGUGAGAAACGUUUCACAGAAUACUCGAGUCUAUACAAACAUCAUGUGGUCCACACACCCUGUAAACCCUACAACUGCAACCACUGUGGAAAGACAUACAAGCAGAUCUCUACACUGGCCAUGCACAAGAGGACUGCUCAUAACGACACAGAGCCCAUAGAGGAGGAGAGUGAGGCCUACUUUGAACCAUCAGACGCGAUGGACGACCCGAGUGUGAACUACGGCCGAGCAGACGGAGAAGACUCAGGAACAGAACCAGUCCCAGAAAAUCCCGAGAUGAUCCAGAGACAACACCUGGCCCUGGUCACACAAGAGGAUGGGACACAGCAACAGGUGAGCAUCUCGGAGGCGGAGCUACAGGCGAUGGGCGGGACUAUCACCAUGGUGACACAGGAGGGCACAACCAUCACGAUCCCAGCGCAUGAGCUCACCCACCAGAGGACGCAUCACCUGACCAAUCAGGGUGGACACCAACUCACCAUGGUAACGGCUGACGGAGGAGACGAGCAGGUGGCGAUCAUGGCCCCUGACAUGAGCACGUUUCAGACAGUAGAAGAAGCGGCAUACGCUCAGGAUCAGGGCGACGGCCCUGUGACACUGCUCGCCACGUCCAACGGAACGCACAUCGCUGUACAGUUGAGUGAGAGCCCAUCGCUGGAGGAGGCCAUCAGGAUCGCUUCAAGAAUACAACAAGGAGAGUCUCCGGGCCUGGAGGACUGACAAUAAUCCAGGACUAGGACCAAGACUGGACCAGGACUAGACUAGGACCAGGAUUAGGACUAAGACUAAGGGUGCGUUCACACUUGUCUGUAAACCUGGUACUUACCUAAAGCUACACCAGGACUAAUCCAGGACUAGAAUAGGGCCAAACCAAAUCUACAUGAGGUUUCAAAUUGGGCCCAAACCAGGACAAGUGUGAACGCAUCCUAAGACUAGACUUGGGCUGAGACUUGGACCCAGGGCCUGGACCUGUGGCCUGGACCCAGGACUUGGACCAAACCAGUUCUAGGGUGUGGAUCGUGGCCUAUCUCAAUAACAAAACUAAAAAAGGGGGAAAAAAGCUUUAAAAUGUAUUUAAACAACAGCACUGAGUUGAGUCGACCUCCACAAACUAGUUCUACAGGUUUAGCAGGUUUUAUGCCCUCCCUUCAUCCUAUCCCACCACAUUACUGUGACAGGAAGGGGCACUCAAACUGGGGAAGGUCUGAACUCUGGUCGUAGAGUUGAAUGGGAAGAAAGUAUGACGAUUGCAAUUGUAUAUUUUUAAUUUUAGUUAGAAAUUGGGAUUGAGUGAAAACAUUGUUUUAAAUCUGUCCAGGAGUCACAUCUCAAACAGACUGAAAUCUGAACUUUAAACUAAUCCAACAAUCCCAUCAUGCAUUGUAAAACAUGUUUGUAGAGGUCUAAACUACAGUGUUAGCAGCUUUUACACAGAAUAAAGAAUCGGGGAGGGUAUCUGACACACAGGAAGGGCAUCUGACCCUCUGGGAGGGCAUCUGAAUCACAGGGAGAUAUUUUUUCAAAUAUUACACGAUGAGUUGAAUCAGGCCACUGAUUCCACCCAAGGAAAACACGGACUCUCCUUGGUCUCUGGUUUUAGUCCUGGUCUGAGUCUGGGCCCUGGUCCCGGCCAUGGUCCCGGCCCUGGUCCCCGCCCUGGUCCCCGCCCUGGUCCCCGCCCUGGUCCCCGCCCUGGUCCCCGCCCUGGUCCCGGCCCUGGUCCCGGCCAUGGUCCCGGCCAUGGUCCCGGCCAUGGUCCCGGCCAUGGUCCCCGCCCUGGUCCCCGCCCUGGUCUCGGCCCUGGUCUCUUUUGGUCCAGAUCCUGGUCUCUGGUUUUGCACUCAGACUUUGACAAAUCAUGUCUUCCAACAUGAGCUGUGUAUUUCUUGUACAUAAAUUGUAGGAUUUUGAUAAAUGGACUCUUAAAGUAUUUUGUCCCUGAUGAGGAGCUUUCUAACAGUGUACAGCUAAUGCUAUUUCUAAUAAAAAAUGUCAAGAAC